AUGGCACAACAACCAGCUACAUUUGAUCUAGAGAAAAUCAAAGAAAAUUCGGAUGGGUCAAUGUCAGGUAUAGCUAAGCUGGCAUUCAAUGAAGUCGUAGUGAAUAAUCCAUAUUUUGCUGCCGGUGGUGGUUUGAUGUUAUUAGGAACAUCGUUAGCAUUAGCACGUAAGGGAAUAACGGUAUCAUCAGGAUUUAUUUACCGUCAGUUGUUGGUGGACUUGGAGAUUCCUUCCAAAGACAAGUCGUACUUGUGGUUUUUGGAAUGGAUGUCCCAAUACAAGCACAGGACUUCCAGACACUUAUCGGUGGAAACAAACUAUAUUCAGCAUGAUAAUGGAGCUGUUACGACGAAGUUUUCGUUGGUUCCUGGUCCUGGGAAGCAUUUAAUCAGAUAUAAGGGUGCGUACAUGUUGGUUAGUAGAGAAAGAUCAGGAAAGCUAUUAGACAUGACCAAUGGGAGUCCAUUUGAAACUGUCACAUUGACUACAUUGUACAGAGAUAAGAACUUAUUCCAUGAUUUGUUAGGGGAGGCUAAGAAAUUGGCAUUAAAAGUUCGUGAGGGUAAAACUGUGUUGUUCACGUCAUGGGGACCAGAAUGGAGACCCUUCGGACAGCCUAGAAAGAAAAGAAUGUUGGGAUCAGUUAUUCUUGACGAAGGAAUUGGAGAGUCUAUCCUUAGUGAUGUUAAAGACUUUUUAACCAGUGGUGACUGGUAUCACAAAAGAGGUAUUCCUUACAGAAGAGGAUAUUUAUUGUAUGGACCACCAGGUAGUGGUAAGACGUCAUUUAUUCAGGCAAUAGCGGGUGAAUUAGACUAUAAUAUAUGUAUUCUUAAUUUGUCGGAGAACAAUUUGACCGACGAUAGACUUAAUCAUUUAAUGAACCAUAUUCCUGAACGGUCGAUAUUACUAUUGGAAGACGUUGAUGCUGCAUUCAAUAAGAGAGAGCAGUCGGAUGAUGGUGGUUAUACCUCGGGGGUAACAUUCUCUGGUUUAUUAAAUGCAUUAGAUGGUGUUGCCAGUGCCGAGGAAUGUAUAACCUUUAUGACAACAAACCAUCCCGAACGUUUAGAUCCCGCUUUAUUGAGACCAGGAAGAAUCGAUUUCAAAGUCAUGAUUGAUAAUGCUACCGAGCACCAAGUCAAGAAAAUGUUCUUGAGGUUCUAUGAAGAUGAAUUCGAGUUAUGCGAACAAUUCUUAGAAAAGUAUAGACAAUUGAACAUGAAAAAUAUCAGCACGGCCCAAUUACAGGGGUUAUUCGUCUAUAACAAAAGAAACCCCCAUAAUGCCAUCAAAAUGGUUGACACGUUAAAAAAUCCCAACACUGUAUUUUAA